AUGAUGGUGGGCACCGAUAUGAAUCGAGCUUUUGAUGCCCUUCCUGGCUUAAAGGACUUGAUGCCAGAAUCCUACGGUGGCAACGUGAAAAUGACAUUCGAGGAAAUGUGUGAGAAGCAGUCGGCACUAAUGAAAUCCAUUCCUGACCAUGGUACUGGUUUUGCAAUUUCAGUGGACGAGUCGCAGCGACCAAAGGAGUGCAGAAACCUCUUCGUUCAUUACAAAGACCUCUCUGAUGAUCUCAUGGGCAAAUCCGGAACAUAUGUUAAAUUAAAUGAUGAACUUUAG